UGCCUUUCUGUUUACUUCACUUCAGAGUGCAGGACAGCCAGACGCCAGCUCUGCCAGGCUGCAAAAACAGGCACUUGGGCACCCGACACCGAAGGGGGGCGGGCAGCGGGCUGGCUGAGGUCCUGGGGGAGCGCCUGCUGUGGUCCUGGCCACCCGGACCGUGGGUGCCGCUUGCUGGAGCCAGCAGAUGGCUUCUUGGCCCUGGGAGCUUGCACUGGAAGGAGCAGAUGGAUUGUAAAAUCCAGGGGAUGCUGCCCGAGGACCUUAGAUGCCUCUCUAGAGCAUGAGCUCGGGCAAGAGCGCCCGCUACAACCGCUUCUCCGGGGGGCCUAGCAACCUUCCUACCCCAGACGCCGCCACCGGGACCAGAAUGGAAACGACCUUCGGGCCCGCCUUUUCGGCUGUCACCACCAUCACAAAAGCCGAUGGGACGAGCACAUACAAACAGCACCGCAGGACGCCCUCUUCCUCCAGCUCCCUCGCCUACUCCCCGCGGGACGAGGAGGACAGCAUGCCCCCCAUCAGCACCCCGCGCCGCUCUGACUCGGCCAUCUCUGUCCGCUCCCUGCACUCGGAGUCCAGCAUGUCCCUGCGCUCCACGUUCUCUCUGCCCGAGGAGGAGGAGGAGCCGGAGCCGCUGGUGUUUGCCGAGCAGCCCUCGGUGAAGCUCUGCUGCCAGCUCUGCUGCAGUGUGUUCAAGGACCCUGUGAUCACCACGUGUGGGCACACCUUCUGUCGAAGAUGCGCCUUGAAGUCAGAGAAGUGUCCCGUGGACAAUGCCAAGCUGACGGUGGUGGUGAACAACAUCGCGGUGGCUGAGCAGAUUGGCGAGCUCUUCAUCCACUGCAGGCACGGUUGUCGGGCAGUGGGGGGCGGGAAGCCCACUGUCUUUGAGGUGGACCCCCGAGGGUGUCCCUUCACCAUCAAGCUCAGCGCCCGGAAGGACCACGAGGGCAGCUGUGACUACAGGCCUGUGCGGUGCCCCAACAACCCCAGCUGCCCGCCCCUUCUCAAGAUGAACUUGGAGGCACACCUCAAGGAGUGCGAGCACAUCAAGUGUCCCCACUCCAAGUACGGGUGCACGUUCAUCGGAAACCAGGACACAUAUGAGACGCACUUGGAGACCUGCCGCUUCGAGGGCCUGAAGGAGUUCCUGCAGCAGACGGAUGACCGCUUCCACGAGAUGCACGUGGCGCUGGCCCAGAAGGACCAGGAGAUCGCCUUCCUGCGCUCCAUGCUGGGCAAGCUCUCAGAGAAGAUUGACCAGCUGGAGAAGAGCCUGGAGCUCAAGUUCGAUGUCCUGGAUGAAAACCAGAGCAAGCUCAGCGAGGACCUCAUGGAGUUCCGGAGGGAUGCGUCCAUGUUGAAUGACGAACUGUCCCACAUCAAUGCACGGCUGAAUAUGGGCAUCCUAGGAUCCUACGACCCGCAGCAGAUCUUCAAGUGCAAAGGAACUUUUGUGGGUCACCAGGGCCCCGUCUGGUGUCUCUGCGUCUACUCAAUGGGGGACCUGCUCUUCAGCGGCUCCUCUGACAAGACCAUCAAGGUGUGGGACACAUGUACCACCUACAAGUGUCAGAAGACGCUGGAGGGCCAUGAUGGCAUUGUGCUGGCACUCUGCAUCCAGGGGUGCAAGCUUUACAGCGGCUCAGCCGACUGCACCAUCAUUGUUUGGGACAUCCAGAACCUGCAGAAGGUGAACACGAUCCGGGCCCACGACAACCCGGUGUGCACGCUGGUCUCCUCACACAACAUGCUCUUCAGCGGCUCCCUGAAGGCCAUCAAGGUGUGGGACAUUGUGGGCACCGAGCUGAAGCUGAAGAAGGAGCUCACUGGCCUCAACCACUGGGUGCGGGCCCUGGUGGCCGCCCAGAGCUACCUGUACAGCGGCUCCUACCAGACAAUCAAGAUCUGGGACAUCCGGACCCUCGACUGCAUCCACGUCCUGCAGACAUCUGGCGGCAGCGUCUACUCUAUUGCCGUGACGAAUCACCACAUUGUCUGUGGCACCUACGAGAACCUCAUCCACGUGUGGGACAUUGAGUCUAAGGAGCAGGUGCGGACCCUGACAGGACACGUUGGCACUGUGUACGCCCUGGCGGUCAUCUCAACGCCAGACCAGACCAAAGUCUUCAGCGCAUCCUAUGACCGGUCUCUCAGGGUCUGGAGUAUGGACAACAUGAUCUGCACGCAGACUCUGCUGCGUCACCAGGGCAGUGUGACUGCGCUGGCUGUGUCCCGGGGCCGGCUCUUCUCAGGAGCCGUGGACAGCACCGUGAAGGUGUGGACUUGCUAACAGAAUCCAGGCCAGGUCUUGGCUUCCUCUGGGCCUGACCUAGGCCUGUCCGAGUCCGGCGAGCCACAUGGCUGGUCUUGGGGUCUCUGCCUGCCCCAUGGGAACAGGCAGGCAGACUCAGCCAGGCAGACAGUGCCCUCCCUGCCCUGCGCCCAGUGAGCCUCCCUCUGCUUGGCCUUGUCAUCGUCACUGCCAGGACAGUGCCCAGCCCGUCUGGGUGCCAGGUACGACGCUCACCAGGCCCACCCUCCAUCCCCACUCCAGAUGGACUGUGGGCCUUUUUACUCACCUUUUCUACUGUUUUUAGACUGUAUAUAAAUUUGAUUACUUCCUGAUUGAAAUAAAAGCUGCACAGACUGUG